GUUAAGUCUUAACACCGUUUUCCUUUGAACAUCGGCAAUGGAGAUUUGAUCUCUCUCUCUCUCUCUCUCUCUCUCUCUCGAUUAUGCUUUUUUCCUCCCCUCACCUGUCUCAAUCCCUAGAAACACUCCUCAAAAAACCUCUAAUUUCCUGCGAAUUCGCAUUUGUCUGCCGUGCAAUACCCAUCUCCUCACUUCAAUCCCCUUUGUGGCUUCACCUCGCGACAAUCCUUCUUGCUUCAGUUAGACAAGAUAAGAUCAUCAUCACUCGCUCUCCGGCUGAUGCUGUCUUUUUGUCUCAUAGUUCGUCAGUAGAAACUUUGUGAAGCUUUGGAGUUGAAAAAGCGGGGAAGAUCCCGAUUUAAUCUCUUCGCGUGUUGGAUUCGCUGAUAUCUUCUCAUCCUUUUUUUUCUGAUUAUUCCUACGCAUGCGGUGUAAUCUAGAUUUGAAUUUCUGAGCAAUUUAGUCAAAAUAUUAAGUUCUAUUGAUAUUUUUUGAAAAAAAAAGAUCGAAUUUCGCGGAAGCGUGGGUUAUAUUCCACGUUUUGGGAGAGGUAUAAGGUCGGUAUCUUUGGAAUUGUGGUGGGUUUGCUUGGAAAUGACCGUGGAUGAGGUCAGUGGUAGUUCUACAUGGAGUAGGGAGGAUGAUAUUGCUUUUGAGAAUGCUCUUGUGAAUCAUCUUGAUGAAACUGAGGAUCGGUGGGAGAAAAUCGCCGCAGAUGUUCCUGGAAAAACUCCGGAUCAGAUCAAAGGGCAUUAUGAGCUUCUAGUUGAAGAUAUCAAUAGUAUUGAGUCAGGGCGUGUGCCUCUUCCUGCUUAUAGUUCUCCAGAGGGUUCAAAUGGCCAUGUGGGUGAUGGAGGAGGAACUGAUAAGAAGGGUGGGGGUGACUUCAACCAUGGAGGAGGUAAAUCAAAGACAGAGCAAGAGCGGCGGAAAGGGAUUGCCUGGACGGAGGAGGAACACAGAUUAUUUCUUCUGGGUUUGGAUAAGUACGGAAAAGGCGACUGGCGUAGCAUUUCUCGUAACUUUGUGGUGACAAGAACCCCAACCCAGGUCGCGAGCCAUGCCCAAAAGUACUUCAUCCGUCUCAACUCCUUGAACAAGGACAGAAGGCGGUCAAGCAUUCAUGACAUCACCAGUAUCAGAAACGGGGACAUCUCAUCACCGCAGGGACAACUCACAGGUCAGAACAACGAUGGUCGUGGCACUGUUAGUGCAGGAACCAGUUCCACAAACCCACCCAAGCAAACCGCUUCUCAGCAAUCUCCAGUCUCUCCCACGUAUGGGAUAGGCCAACCAGUAGGAGGAGGUGGACCACUCGUCUCAGCCGUGGGCACGCCUGUGAACCUUCCUGCUCCACCUCACAUGGCUUAUGGUGUUCGUGCUCCUCCAAUCCCUGGCUCAGUGGUUCCUGGUGCACCCAUGAACCUGGCUCCAUUACCAUAUCCAAUGCCACAUACACCCACAACUCAUAGCGAAAGAAGCGGAGAAAUACAUGCCCGAGGAGUGCAUAGAACCGGACGCAGAUUUUCACGCUAAUCUCGUAGACACAACAUGGUGAGCAUGAUGCUUCGGGUGGCUACUUUCGCGGUGACACCCUUCUAACCGGAGUGUCGUUGAGAACAGACCCUUCUUCUACGCACUCAUGGGUGAAAUCGGUUUCUUCACUGUGAUCUGUUCAGAAGCAGCAGCAGAUAGAUGCGAUACGAGGAGCCAUCAUACAUGGGGCAGGGCAGGGGCAGGGGAGAGCUCGAACAUGAUAUAACUCUUGAAAGGAAGGGUGAAAAAUCAAAGAUCCAGAAAGUCAAAGUGAAA